UAUGUCCGCCAGGGUCACACCGGUGAUGGCGUCUUUAAAUGUUGUAAAAUCUCAGUGAUUUUUUUGCUGAAUGAAAACGCGAUUUUCGAGCGCAUCCGAUAACUGGGAAGACAAACUGGGUGCCCGUCCCGCGCCAGGUAUUGUCCAUAUUGAGAAGCGCCUUUUAAUUGGUCAGAAUCGAGGCAAUAUAGCCAAAUAAACGGUGUGGCAAACGUGCGUUCGUUUCGUUUCCGUGGGAAAAUCGCAACGGGCGGCAUUCUACGAUAAUGGACAUAUUUGAUAUGGUAAAGGCGGCGCCGCCGCCGCAAACAAUAAAUCCAGUGGAGAGCAAGAUGUCCACUCCGUCUCCAAUUCCCCCUGAUUCUCCACUAGACGCCAUAGACCUCCUGGAGAGUGGUAUUAUAUCGAAUGAGGAUGAUUUGGAUAAGGAGGCGACCCUAGACGAGUCACCUUUUCAAAUACCCAAACGAAAGCCAGAUGACACAUGUCAAAACAUAGACGAAUCGCCGUUCACAAUACCAAAAAGGCUCAAAAAGUUUGAAGAAGAUAUCGAAGAACUGGAAAAAGCUAUGGGCAAUAUAAGCAAUCGCAUUGAGAAGCAGCCGGAGGAGGACAACACCCCGUCCAAGAAGCUGAAGAAAAGCGAUGAAUCCCCCAAGACCACAGCUAAACCAGCCAAAACUAAGAAAUCGGCUGUGGCGGACAAGACAGCGGACACCUACCCCUUUAAACACCAUAAAAAAAGGCCGACUGAGGACGUGCAGGAUGAGGGCGACGAGGAGAAGACCGAGGAGAAGUCCGAGGAGGACCAACUACUGACCGCCAUGCCCACCAAGACCAAGGCGCAGCAGAAGAUGUUCAGCGAUCAGCUGCUGGCCAAGCCGAACUUCGAUAGGGUAUGCGUGGUGCGAGUGCGUCGCCUGACCCAGCAGGAAAUCGAUUCGGCUUUCGAAUCCGUGGCCAAUUCACCCUUUGCCCAUGUCGUCGACUCCCCCCAGGCCGGAGUUAGUAAGGGGCGUGGCAGGGCCAAGAACGCGCCAUCGCCGCCCAAGAAGCACAAGUCGCCGCCAAAACACAAUUUUCACAUCAAAGUUCCUCUGCAGAAUGGCACGAAGAAACGGACCUUGCAGCAUUUGGCCCGCACUCACACACCACCGCCCAGUUUGGCCAGGAGGGUGGUGCCACAAAAGGUCCAGGUGCCGGCCAAGGCCAAGGCCAACCCCAAGCCCAAGUCAAAGACCAAGCCGAUCCAAAGACGGCACGCUAGUCAGGCUUUGAUCCAGCGCUUUGGCGCCCGAUUCUUUGGCUGCGUGGUGAAGAUCAAGAGGACGCCCUGGCCGAGCAAGUGGCCCGAGUGCAGUCCGCGUCCCAUUGGCGGGGUGAAGAAGGGACGCUCCAGGAAGUCCAAUCUAUCGGUGUCCUUCAGCGAGGCCGUCGAGAUCCUGGGCAGCAGCGACAGCAGCUCGCGACGUGCCACUUUCGGUUCGAUUUCAUCGAAAUCCCCCAAACCGACACGUCUGCAGCGUGUGGAUGCCACUGGCAAUGUGCUGGAGGAUAUAGCCCUGACCUCCACGCCGCUUCCUCUUCCACCCGCCGGCUCGUCUUCUUCUGCAUCACCGCGCGGCAAGAACAAGCGCCGCUCCUGCAACGGCUCGCCGAUGGGCGGACGACUCAAGCGACCGCACCAGCGUCUGUCGCUCUCCAGCUUGGCCAGCCUGCGUCUGGAUGACGACCCAAAGGCUGCCGAGGAUGAAGAUGAGGAGUACAUAGUGCCCAACGAACUGCCGGGCAUUCAGAGACCCGGAACACCUCCGCCCAAGAAAAAGAAGAUAUCCUUCACCACGACCAUCAGCGACGAUGAGGAUGAAAAGCCGGUUGUAAACAAGGAAAAGGAUAUUCUUAAAAAGUCAGCAAAGCCCCUCAAAGAGACACCCAACAAAAAGGUCGAUAAAGCGCCAAAGGAAAAAGAAAAGUCCGACAAAUCGCUCAAGGAAAAGGAGAAAACGGAAAAGUCAAAUGAGAUUGUAGAGGAUAAGAUUCCUUUAAUCGCGGCGGAAGUCGAAGCCGCCAAUAAAGAGGAAAUCAAGCCAACAGAGGAGGAAACACAGUCAAAAAAGGAAGAGAACGAAAUAGACGCCGAUGCAACAAAUGAAGUAGAAAGAGACAGAGAAGCACAAGAUGCAGCAGAUGAAAAAAGAAAUUUAAGUAGCGAAGACAAACAGGAGGAAAAAGUUGAUGAUAAGCCAGUGGAAACUGCAGAGGAAACGACAGACGACAAACCAGAGGAAACUCCAGCAGAAACAGAGGAAAAAGCUGCGCAGGAGGAGACCGUGGAAAACCUGGAUAAGGAAACCGCAGAGGAAAUCACUGAAAACCUCAAUGAAUCCCCCCAAAAACCAACAGAAGAAGUGAAACUCAAGGAAGUGGAGGAGGAAGUUGAACAGGCUGAGGAGCUUAGGGAAUUGGCUUCCUCACCACAGCUCCUGUCCACCACUGAAGACAACCAGGAGGAUGUCCUGGAGAUCCAGACGUCCUUGGACGAUGUCCGUCAGUUGCACACGCCCUCAUCCCGCCAGAGUACGCCGAAGCCGCGCAGCCGUCAGGAUUCCGGUGAAUCCGACUGCAGUUUUAAGUCCGCCAGCGAUCACGAUAAACAAGCAGCCGGAGUAGCAGCAGAAGCAGCUGUCGAGGAGGAGGGAAAACCAGCGGAAGCCGAGGAAGAAGCACCCGCAGCUCCGAUCAUCGACGACACCCUCAAUCCCGGCGAACUGCCCGCCGAAUUGAUGACCCCGCCCUCGACGACCAGGACACUAAAUGGCAGCAAUCCCACCAGCGGAUCCAGUGUAUCGGGGCCUUUUUACUCCCCCCUCGAGCAAAUGCCCACACUGGAUGACGAGGUCCUUGGCCAGCUAGAUGAUUUCAAGUAGAGAUGUUUGAGUUUUCAAGCCACUUAAAACCCGACUUCCAGUUGAACUCCAGCCGCCAUGCCAUCUCCAGGGGCACGCUGGACGACAUAAUGACUGCGUUAGAAUCCUAAGAAGCUGCCGAAUAGCGCACCAAGUACUCGCAGAUACACACGCCACCCACACAAAGGAUUCGCAGACAUAGAUACACACACACUCACAGAGGCGAAUGGAGGUGGAUUGAGGACUGAUUAAGUUUGAUCUUAGUCUGGAAUUGUAAUUUAACCCCCUUAUGAUCAACAAAUAGUCGUAUGGUUAUUUUUAAAGACAUUUCAUUUGGAAAUCGGUACUAAAAGUGACAUACAUUUAAUGUACCUUUUUUAAAAAGAAGUAAAUAGUGCAAACCUGAAUUAGUUUGCACAUAAGUUGCUGAUCUAGUCGGCUUACUGAACAUGGACCGACACCACUCACUCACUCAUUUUGCAAUUGUGCACAAAGCAGUGAAAAAACGGAAAUAAAUAAAUAAGUAAAGAAUGAAGAAAUUAAUAUCUAAUGUUUAAGUUACUUAAACAGAUCGUUAUGUUAGUUAUAUGCAAAAAGAAGACGAUUGUUCAAAUUCUCACAUUUUUUUUGAAAACUAAUAAUUUUAAAAAAUUAAAUUAUGCAUUCAUGCACAUAUAAAAUAUAAAUAUAUAUAUUUAAGUAUGGAUCAUUAGUUGUAAAUUCAAUGUAUUAAUGAGCAAACUAAUAUGUAUGUAUGUAUGUAUAAAGAAAAAAAAAACAAAAAGGAUAGUAAUA